CGAGUGGUUUGGGGUGGUGAAUUUUUGGAGACAGAUAAUUUUCGAUGGAAGACUCAACGUCGUGUUUGAAAAGCGAAAAUUUGUGCAAAGUAUGCGGGGACAAAGCUUCUGGAAAGCAUUAUGGGGUGGCCAGUUGCGAUGGCUGUCGGGGUUUCUUCAAACGCAGCAUCAGGAGGAAUUUGGAGUAUGUGUGCAAGGAAAAUGGAAGGUGCAUCGUUGACGUCACGAGACGCAAUCAAUGUCAGUCUUGCCGGUUCAAGAAAUGUCUGGAGGUGAACAUGAAGAGGGACGCCGUCCAACAUGAAAGGGCACCCAGAUCAACUCAGACCAACAUUCAUCAUUAUCCAUUGGGACUGACGGCAAGAUAUAGGACACUCCAUGGGUCCGGAUUGUUUUCUAGCUUACCUCUCCAUCUGCAAAACCCUCCAAUUCUAGAUGCACACUUAAAUCCACAAUCAGGGAUACCAUCACACUAUUUGCAUCAAGGACUUCUGUAUCCAGGAAUGCUGAGCCCUUUUACGAAACCUUUACUACAUCCAGGCUUGACUAUUCCUCCUUCAUCACCGUACCUUCAAAAACCACAACACACCUUGUUCAGUGCAAGUCUAAACUCGAGGUCAGGAAUAAAGGACGAUGAAGUCAGCAGUUCAGAGGAAAUAACACAAGAAAAGUGUGGUGCAGAAGAUAAUUCAGGUGAAGACACAAAAUCUCGACUAGAGUUGCCAAUAAUCCACGACUCCUGUACCCAAAACACCAGACAGUUCGACUUGCCGUCUCUUAACUUAUUCCCCACUGAGAACAUAUACGAAUCAGCAGCUAAAUUAUUGUUCCUAAGCAUAAAGUGGGCCAGAACUAUCCCAUCGUUCCUUCAGUUAUCUUACAGAGACCAAUCGAUUUUAUUGGAGGAAAGUUGGAGUGAGCUUUUUGUGCUAACGGCUGCUCAAUGGGUGUUACCAGUUGAUGAAUCUGUACUGUUGGGCAACAUUGUGGCGCCAGCCUCACACCAAAACUUUCUGGAGGAAGACGCCAGGAAAUUAAGGGAAAUAAUCACCAGACUAAACUUGCUGAGAGUAGACCAUACGGAGCACGCGUGUCUUAAAGCUCUGGUUUUAUUUAAAGCAGAAUGUAGGGGUUUAUGUGAGCCAGCUCAUGUGGAACUGUUGCAAGACCAAACCCACGUGAUGCUCCAUGAGUACUGUUCACAGAGGCAAAAUCACAACAAGGGUAGAUUUGGGAAGCUUCUCCUAACAUUACCGGCAGUACAAUCCAUUUCUAGGAGAAGUUUAGAAGAACUAUUGUUUCGACAAACAGUAGGAAAUAUUUCAAUUGACAGACUUUUGGGGGAAUUAGCUAAGUCCACUCAUUGAUUGUUUCAUUUUCUGUAUCUAUAUCAAUUAUUGUAUAUAAAAUAUUUGUUUUAAAUAAAAGUGG